AGAUAGCCUCCAAGGAGCCCUGAGACAAAACACAAGCAGCAGUUAGGUGUUGAACUCUUUCUCCGGACAUCCACGACCAGAGAGGCACUUGAAGCCAGAGCAGCGUUUGGGCAGAGUCACCAAUCAUCAGUUUGUUCUUCAGCUCUGUGGAUAGUUCAAGCUUUGACUGGAGCUAAAAAGAGUGAAUACACUUUUCUAAGAAGAUGGCACUUCGGCAGAACUCUGAGAAGGAGCCAAGCAUCGAGUUGUUCAUUAAGGCUGGACAUGACGGCGAGAACGUGGGGAACUGCCCCUUCUGCCAGAGGCUCUUCAUGGUUCUGUGGCUGAAAGGAGUGAAGUUCACAGUGACCACUGUUGACAUGAGGAAGAAGCCAGCGGAGCUCAAGGACCUGGCCCCGGGGACCAACCCUCCGUUCCUCCUGUACAACGGCACCCUGAAAACAGACUUCAUCAAGAUCGAGGAGUUUCUUGAACAAACAGUUGCCCCGCCCAGGUACCCUCAUCUCAGCCCGCUGAACAGAGAGUCCUUUGACGUGGGCGCUGACAUUUUUGCAAAGUUCUCUGCUUUCAUCAAGAACAGUCCCAAUAACGCCAUGCAGGAGAGAAACCUGCUGCGGGAGUUUAAACGUCUGGAUGAUUACCUGAACUCGCCCCUCCCAGAGGAGAUCGACCACAACUCCAGAGAGGCAGUCGGUGUCUCCAAGAGAAGGUUCCUGGAUGGCGACCGCCUCACCUUAGCCGACUGCAACCUGCUGCCCAAACUGCAUGUCAUCAGGGUCGCUGCCAAGAAGUACUGCGACUUUGACAUUCCCGCCCAGUUCACAGGUGUGUGGCGAUACCUUCAGAACGCCCACGAGAGAGAGGAGUUCAAACAGACUUGUCCGGCCAACAUCGAAAUCGAGAAGGCUUACCUAACCGUGGCCAACCAGAGGAAAUAAACUUUUCUUCUAUUCUAUAUAAUUCAUACCCUGUUUUCCCCCCCAAGUAUAACCGUGCAUUAGGAGCUGUAGUGGGCGCUACAACCUCCGAGAGUAAACUGUAGCAAUCAAUCAGACACUUUUGACCUUUUGUUGUGGUAGGAGAUUUUCUUUUAUUGGGUUUAUGUAUUGAAUAAUGGUAUUUAAUAUGCCAAGUUGAAAAGGCCAAAUGUGCAAUUGACUGUUGAUGUAACUCAGCAGAUUUUUUGUUUAUAGUGUAAAUAUAUAUAUAUUUUCACUUCUAAUGAUCCAGACACCCUCCAUUAGAUAUGUGUAGGAUUGUGUUAGACCUUCACAAACAGUGAAACAUUUUUCGAUUAAAACAUAAUAUAAAUCCUUUUUAUUAUAUUCUGUAAGUUUGCAAUGUCACACUGAUUAAAAAACACCAAUCAUAA